AUUUCCGCCGUACUUUGAUGCAACACCCGCGCGUGCCGUACCCACCAUUUUUCCUCACAUAUCAAUUCUGCACAGACAAAUUCGCACCUUUAUCAAAGCGAUGGUGUACUAAGAGUUCGGCAAUAGUGGACUGAUUAGUUGAGAAAAUUCUCCAAGCUGAGAGAACCAUGAAUAACCAAGCGUUCAGUUUGGCGGAGAGGCUGAUACCCUCGACUUACGUGCAACAAGGUUUAAACGCCAAGAAGUCGCGCGAGAAUCUCAUACGACAUUUUAUCGAACAUCGAAAAUGGCCAGAGGAAGGUUGGGACGACGCGACGAUAGAAGCGUUCCUGUCGGACCUGUCGCAAAUGGACAGCAAUAAUUUCCCCUCAAACUGUAGCGUCGGCGAACGCGAGGCGAGAAUCGUGUCCAAUAUCGUCGCCAGACGGCACUUUCGUAUGGGACACGGCAUUGGAAGAUCCGGCGACCUCGAGGAAGUACAACCGAAGGCAGCUGGUAGCAGUUUAAUGUAUAAAUUAACCAACUCUCUAGUGCUCGAAGUUAUACGAUACAUGGGGGUGAAGAGCAUAGCGGGUUGCUUCUUAUCGCCGAUGGCCACGGGGAUGAGCCUAGUUCUGUGUAUGUUAACGCUUAAGCAAGACAGACCACGGGCGAAAUACGUUCUAUGGCCUAGAAUUGACCAAAAGUCUAGCUUCAAAUCUAUAAUCACCGCGGGAUUAGAGCCCGUCGUAAUCGAGAUGCAAAUAAUAGGGGACGAAUUGAAGACCGACAUGCAGAGACUCGAGGCUCAAAUGGCGGCUCUGGGCGAGAGCGUCGCUUGUGUACUUACAACGACCAGUUGCUUCGCGCCCAGGGCGUGCGACUCCGUAGACGCGAUCGCGGCUCUUUGUACUCAGUACAACAUACCGCAUUUGGUGAACAAUGCGUAUGGCUUGCAGAGUACAAGAUGUAUGCACCUCAUACAAGAAGCAUCGAGGAAGGGCCGCGUGGACGCAUUCGUUCAAAGCACGGACAAGAACUUUCUCGUUCCAGUGGGCGGCGCUAUCAUAGGUUCCUUCGAUAAGAACCUGCUGGACCGCAUAUCGAAGAUGUAUCCGGGACGUGCGAGUGCGAGCUCCGUUAUGGACGUGAUGAUCACGCUGCUGAGCCUUGGAAUGGCAGGGUACAAACAAUUGAUUGCUCAACGUAAGGAGAUGUAUUCUUAUUUGAAAGAGGAGCUAGGGAAACUGGCGACGAGACACGGCGAGAGACUGCUGGAUACCAAGGGGAAUCCGAUAUCCAUGGCCAUGACCCUCCAAUGUCUGAGCCAUCAGCACGACAACAAGCAAGUUACUAUGCUAGGAUCAAUGCUAUUUCUCCGUAACGUUAGUGGUACUAGAGUAAUAACGACUACAGAUUCUAAGCACAUCGUUUCACAUAAGUUUGAAGGUUGGGGAGCACACAACAGCAAUUACCGAGUUCCAUAUCUGACUGCUGCGGCGGCCUUAGGCAUGAAGAGGUCUGACGUGGACGCGUUCAUACAAAGAUUGGAUAAAGCUUUAACGAAAGUGAGGAGGCGUUCGGCGCCGGUAACGCCCACCGCCUCGCUCGCCGGUUCCAGCAUCAAUGGAGAUGCGGGCGGCACCGGCGGACCGGGAGAAUCCAGCACAGCCUCAACCAGCCGCGCGAGUAGCAAAGACAGCCUGCGAAAAUGAACCGUAAUCAACGCAACUGGCCAGUCCAAUCAGCACAUUAAUAUCAAUUUGUAAGUAAAUUAUCACUUGCAAAUUGUUAUCUCCUCAGCACAUUUCUGGGAAAUGCGACUCGACGAGACGGGGGAGAACGUUUCACAAUCGCUGUCGAUCGCGUUGUACGUAAAUUUCAGUUGGACAGGAAUUACAAGAACUGAAAAAUCCGAAAUCACACAAUAGAAAGCAGAAACUAUUGAUAUUUUGAAAUUGUAUACAACAUACUUCUUCUUCAGGACGAAGGAAAACAUUCCUCUCCUGAGUAAGAUGAUACGGAGACACCUGUUGUAAAACAGUGUCUCCGGUGUGUGUCUUGUGUUAUUUCAAAAUAGAUCGAGAGCGAUUGCGAAUGCAUUUCACAGACGUGUGCUGGGUACGAAUGUGCUGAUUCGUCUGUCCACUUGCGUUGAGAUAUUGUCAAUUCAAACCAUAUACCAAAGAGGGGUAAGUUCAGACAUUAAAGAGAGUGAUCAUCAAAGUUAACAUUUGAAGACGACGAAAAGGAGGUACGAAGCAUUAGGGUUCUUAUGGAUCUGUUUUGAAAUAUUUAAGUGAUAAGCGCUGGCCGCAGAUAUGAUUGUUAAGUUUGCUCUUCGUUGUAAAUGUAUAUGCUAUUAUUUAUGAGAGACAAAAAUAGGGAAUGUUAAAUUCUUGUACUUCUUAUCUUCUUGAUUUCUAAUAUAUAGUUUGAUACGAAUGAACAAAAGAGACGUAUAUAUUAGCUGAAAUAUCAUGAAUUGUACAUACCUAUGUACUUGCUUUGUAUAUUGUAGAUUUCUUUUUUAAAGGAGCAACUAUAAGAUCUUUUACAAUUACGGUCGGUAUACGUAACGACAUUGACCAUAUCUAAUUUUGCUAUAUUCGCCGUGCUGCUACUCUGCUAAGAGCUAUUGUAUUUUUUAGGCAAUUUAUAUAAUUACUUAUUACUGUCUUGCAUAAUUAUUGCCUUCAAAUAGAGAUUGCACACACGGGACAUAUUUUUUCCUUUCUUUUCUCUUCGAUUCGAACGGCACAAAUUUACGAUGCAUUAAGCAAGGAGACAUAUUAUCUGUAAAAAAAAGGGAAAAUCUGUAGUCAAAUAUCGACGCAAAACACACUAUUCGGAAAGUAUGUCAAAAGUGAGAUACAAUGCAAUGACACAAUGUGAUAUACGAGAAUGUUACAUUGGAUACAAUGUUACAUUGGAUUUGCAAAAAGUCAAAUAUCUUUGUGUGUGUAUAUAUAGGCAUCGCGUACGUUGGUUUCUAUUCGCAACAAUUACGAUGACAUCACAUUGCCAUUUUGUUUCACAAGUGCAGAUGGUGUUAUUUUUAAUUAUAUAUUAUUGUAAAAUAAAGAAGAAAAAAACACACACUAUGUAUCUCUAAGUCAGAGAUUUUGUGUAAAUAUUAAUAUUAUUUUUUCAAAAUGUUUAAACACGAUUUUCGAGCAAGUAACACAUUGCAGUACCGGACACAUUUAUAUACACAUGCAUACAUACACGCCAUACGCGCCAUACUACGAACAGUCACACACGCAAUUUAUACAUGAGUACGGAAGAAAAGUAUGUUUAUACGUUUAUAUAUCUGCAUAGGUAUAUAUACAGAUAUUCAUACUUGCACCUCAUUCAUUUGCGCAUAAAGAAUAGUUGAUUUGAAGUUUCACGCGAUCUAGAGAGAGAAUGGUAUAUCAAAGUUAUAUUUAUAAAAAUAUUUAAUAGAUAUAAAGGAGAAGAAAAACCAAUAGGCAGAUUAUAUUAGCGCUGUUAAAGCUCCAUUGAGAAAUGUAUAAUUUACAAUGCUUAUCGUUAAUAUACGGUCUUUCUUUAGACAGAAGCAUUACUCACUUGCGUUACCCACUUGUUGGGGCUUGGAUUUUGCGAUAUACAUCCUAUGUUCAACAUCGAUAUUUAGAAUAUUAGUCGGUAUCUGGUGAAAUUGAUAACACAGAACACGGUGACUUUCCCAAAUCGCCGAUGUUCUACGAAAUGUAUUAUUAUUACAAGCAGAAAAAGCAGUGGUAUAUACAGAUAUUAGCGUUUAAUUAAAUGCUUAGUUGGUAGCUUAUUAGGACGGCAGUGCUGAUCAAGAUUGUAAAACUCCUAGCAUACUAAUUAUACGUAAUUAUAGAUUCAUAUCCUUCAAGUUUGGUCACCGUAAUUUUAGUAGAGUAAUAAUUCUUUCGUAUACGUGCACGUAUAUCACCUCUCUUUCCUUUUUCUUUCUUUUCUGAAACUUCGAUCGAUGCUAUAAUUUACAGGAUCUCUUCGGAUCUCUGGUGAAAUCAUCUUUUACUUAUAGAUUCUUCGAUUAACUUGGAGUCGAAAGAAGAAGUCGAUUCCAUAUUAAUCUAAGUGUGUAUAUAAAAGAUGACUCAAUAAUUCGAGGAUAUUCUGUACGUAUUGUGGCACUCGUGGCUUUCAGACAUGAUGAUAUACAAACAUAUUACGUAUAUUCCAGCCUUAAGUCAAAUGAUACGUUUUAUUGUGUUUGUUUACCUCAGAGAAGAAUAUUACAUACAGAAGAAAAUCUAAGAUGUAGUAAGAGAUUGCAAAACUAUCGCUAUAAGGAAAUUCUCAUAUAUGACACUAUAAUAGGAAAUGUAUUGACGUUACAAUAUUAUUUAAUAAAGAAGAAAUUAUAUGUAUAUACAUAUAUACAUAAUAUACAUAUAUACAGAGCAACUUAUAUAUCAGGCGUUGUGAUAUCUUGAUGUGUUCAGGCCGUUACAGAGAGAAAGAGCGAGAGAAAGGUAAAAAGAGAAAGCGAAGGAGAGAGAGAGAGAGAAUAUUUGACACGAAAAAAAAUUACAUAUUAUUUCAACUUAUUCAAUAAUAUGUCAAUGGGUUUGCGUUAUUAUUUGAUAUUUACUUGUCAAUACUUGUAACCAUCGCGAGUUUGGCCGCUAAACGGAGCAAUAAUUAAUAAUGUAAAAUAUUUCCGAGGAUUAUUUCGUUCCGUAACGACGAGGCGUUAGAAAUUUUCUUAAAGAGCAAUAGACAAAUCACCCCUAUAUACGUAUACAUAUGUAUACAUGUAUAUAUACGUAUACAUAUAUGUAACAAUAGUGAUAUAUUCUAGAAUAACGUACGAUCUUAUAUGAUUCUCGUACUCGUAACAUUCCUAUGUAAAUAAAAAGAGGUCUUUAUCUUGUUCACCUCCAUUCCCAGCUGGAUUUUAUAAAGCGAAGGCCAGCUUGAUGAGUAUCGUGCGCCUUUCACGCAUACAACGACACUUGUGGACCUAAUUUUAAUCCUCCCUCCUCGUCCCCCCCCUUC